ACAGGUGUGGUUGUUUCUGCGGGUGCUGGACGCGGUGGAAAGCAGCCGGAUAGAAAUCUGUAAAGAUGGCUUCAGCAACAGCGACCUACGGGCAGAAGGAGUCCUCGGACCAAAACUUUGACUAUAUGUUCAAGAUCCUGAUCAUUGGCAACAGCAGUGUGGGCAAAACCUCCUUCUUGUUCCGCUACGCUGAUGACUCCUUCACGCCAGCCUUCGUCAGUACAGUGGGCAUAGACUUCAAGGUGAAGACCAUCUACAGGAACGAUAAGAGGAUCAAGCUACAGAUCUGGGACACGGCGGGUCAGGAGCGUUACCGCACCAUCACCACAGCCUACUACCGAGGAGCCAUGGGCUUCAUCCUCAUGUAUGACAUCACCAACGAGGAGUCCUUCAACGCCGUCCAGGACUGGUCGACUCAGAUAAAGACGUACUCGUGGGACAACGCCCAGGUGCUUCUGGUUGGAAACAAGUGUGACAUGGAUGACGAGCGAGUGGUGAGCGGAGACAGAGGUCGGCAGCUGUCUGAACACCUCGGUUUUGAGUUCUUUGAGGCCAGCGCCAAAGACAACAUCAAUGUGAAGCAGACCUUUGAGCGUCUGGUCGACAUCAUCUGUGAAAAGAUGUCAGAGAGCCUGGAUGCAGGUGACCCUGCCGUCACAGGGGCCAAACAGGGGCCCCAGCUGACAGAGCAGCCUGCUCCUCCUCACCAGGACUGUGCAUGUUAAAGCUGACUACUCCCCCCUUCUCCUCCCUUGUCCUCUUUUUCCUCCUUUCAGCUGGACCCCAGGGCCUCGAGUCUGUACAUCAUAAUCCUUCUUACUCACUAUCCCGCUUAUUUCUGUAAAUUAGUAAUGAUCAUUGGCUGCGGGGCGCAAGAACCAGGUUUCAAAUUGUCUGAAAUGCUCUGAGGUGAUGUCCAUGUAAAGGAGUUAAAAAGGUGUCGGGGUUCCUCUUGAUCAGUGCCGGUCUGAUGCCAAAGUUACUUCAGUAAGUGUUUCAGACACUUUGCAUCCUCGGCUCUUGGAGGUCAUCAUCUGUUUCCCCUGUUCCUGUUCCUCAGUGUGGUUUUACAAGAAGGAUUUGACGGCGUCCAAGUGCCAUUUAAAUCCUUCAGAUGUUUACAGUACUUUGUUUCAUGUCAGUCAAAUGUCUUGAAAAGAUGUCAGCUUCGGUUUAUGGUGUACAACAGGGCCACCGUUUCUUAUACCAUUCAGGAUCCCCACAGAAUCAAACAUCUGAGUCUCAUUUCUUGUCUCACCUUGUAUCUAAACACAGAUACUGUAAGUAUUAGCAAGUGAUUUGUUUUCAUAAUCCAUCUGAGCCUUUUUCAUUUGGCCUUGUUUUGUGUUUUUGUAUUUCUUUUUCUAAUAAUCUAACGCCCCGUUUAUUCUUUUCAUACAUCAAACACUGGGUGGGGGAAAUUAUGAACAAUAUAGAGCUAGGUGAAAAAAAAAAAGCAAAAAACAAAAAGACACAUUUUAUUUAAUUAUAUUUAUUUCAACUGUACAUAUACAUGUUGUGCAAUAUAUAUAAAUAUAUAUUAUAUCUACAGGUAUGCAUAUCUGAAAAUGAAUUUUAAUGGAAUGAAGUUCAAUAAGGAAAAGUGUGAAAAGAGAGAGUCUGUGAUGCAAAAUCAAACACUUCCUGCUUAGGAAAAAAGCAGUGAAAUUACCCUUUAAAUCUGAACUACAAGUUGAAAAGUCAGCCUUCAAAUCCAAGCUUAUAAAAAGUAAAAGUGGCUCUAAUAUUAUGGCUGAGUCUGAACUUAAGAGAAGCUUUUGGCAGGAGAUAUUAAUGCAGGCGUGAAAGUCUUGAGGUUGAAACGUUGUGAUUUUAACAACUCAUUUUACCAGUAUGUAACUUCAGACUCUGUUGCAGCAAACUUUAAGGCCUGCAUGUAUCAUUAGUUCAAUAAAUAAUCCUUCUCUUAUAGUACACGAGUAGUACACGAGAGUUUUAAGGGAUACAUGUUGCUUGAUUUGACCGUUUUUGUGGUGUUUUGCCUUUUUCUGACUGUUAAACCCCAUUCAGUGAGUGUAAACAUCAGGUAGAGGUGAAUCACAGUAAGACGGACAUCUGUUGGCCAGUAGAAUUUGCGUGUCUGUUAUGAGGAUUCAUCAACAUUCAUCUGGAUUAAGACACACUUCUUUGUAUGGAUUAUAUCUGUUAUCACUCUUUUAAAUCAUAUCGACUAGUGAUUUAAAAAUCCUGACAUCCGACUUCUUCAUAAACUCCAGUAUAGCUGGUGAUGUUGUUUUUAGCACUCUUUAUGUGACAUGAAAAGUCAAAAUUUACCAUGUAACAAAGUGUGGAGGCUGAAAUCGCCAUAGGAUAUGUCACUAUUGAGGUUCUCUAUCUAGUUUAGGGUCAUUUCAGAAGUUUUUUCUUUGUUUUAAGUCCAGUGCACUGCAGUUUUUCUGUUUCUGUAGCAUCACUCACUCUGGCAGAGCAGCAUUAUCAUGCUACCAAAACUCAAAAUAUUUGCACAGUGCAGAUAUUCAAAUCUGUGAUAAAAAAGUGUUGAAGUGAUUUAAAAAACUGUAUUUGGGUUUGUUGUGGGAAAGGCCACUGAUGUUAGUCAUGAAAAGCAUCUAUAAUUAUAUAAAAUCAAGCUUCAAAAUCAUGAAAAUGAGACUCUAUGAUGGAGUGGGCAUGCCGGUUGAAUGAGUCAAAGCCACACUCAUUUACAAGAAACUUGUAAAUUUAAAAUAAAAAAAGAAAUGCUACAACCUGACUGAAGGAAUCAUCCGUCAGCUCUACUAAGCCUGUCAGCUCUCUGUGUCAGCCACCAGAGAAGCAGUCACAUUUAUGUCAUGACAGGCAGACAGUUUAGAGCUAAAAAGUCUCCGUUUCACUUUCUCAUCCUCUGUUUACUUCAGGUAUUCCUUACAGCUCAUUUUCUCAGUUAUUUGAAGUUAUGUCUCUUUCCCAUUUAUGAAACGUCUUUGUUAAAUUGCUGCUGAAACGUUCUUUUUCCUGAUGUUGCUCUUCAAAAUAAAAGUCUUGACUUGGCAGGUAAAGAACGUGUCUAUCAUCGAAAACAUUUCUAAUCCUUAGCACCGCAGCACUAAGAGACAUGGGGUUAAAAUGUUUCUGCUUGUAGAGAAACAGCCAGUCUGCUUCUUUUAAUUAUGCAGGGCUAAAGUAAAAAAUGGAUUAAAACACACCUUCAGCAAAUAAGAUGUUCCUGACUGUGAACUCUGGUCAGAGCGCAGCUGCCUGGCUCGGUGCCAGAGCAGAGAGAUUGAAGUUGGGGAUUAAAUUUACUGUUUUCUGGCACGGAUUUCUCCUGUUUAUUACUUUUAAUGACCCGUCAGCCCUGAACCCAGGCUGUCCACUUUGAGGAUAGCAGCCUUUGUACAUGGGGCAUACAGAUACAACCACUAGACUACCAGUGCCCCAAAGUACUUAUUUCUGCUUUUGCACCAGGACCUGGAUUAAAACCUGUGACAAGUGUGCAAGGACUCUGUUAAUGGGUCGCUGCUCUACUAUCCAAGCUAAACUGGGGCCCAUAAGUAAAGUAUUUUAACUCUGAUAAUCAACUGAACUAGCUUCCAAUGUAUUAGUUAUAUCUAAAAAUAAGAUAUUUAUCUAAAAAUAAGAUAUUUAUCUGGCCCUAUGAGGUGCUUUUUGCUUAUAUAUAUAUAUAUAUAUAUAUAUAUAUAUAGUAUAUUUAAGUAUAUAGUAUCGUAUAAGUACAUAUUUUGCUCAGGAAUUAGCCAAAUGCCUUUGUUCAGAUUUGACUUUUAGGUGUGUAAAGUUGUUUUAAUUCAUUUCAAACUGGCCUGCAGGGUAUUUAUUUUUCCACUUAACCACCUGUUGCUGUGGAAGUAGUUGGAUUUGGCUUUACAAGCCAGAAUAAGCAGUAUGACAGGGUCAAACAAUCCUAAUAAAACAAGCUUUGUGUACUGAAGUACUUUGAGACUAAUUUCAUGUUGCAGUGGUUCCAGGUUUGCUGGUUGACUACACUGGGCAUGGAUCACAGUAAACAGCAAAUGAUGAAUUAAGAUGGCAAAAACAGAUUGAGAGGGCAAAGCACCAUAAAAACCAUAAUGACCGUCAGCUUGUGGACUUUUAGUGAUGACAGAAAAUCUGCAUAAGAGGUUUUUUUUUUUAAAUUAUGGGUACAUAAAUGAGCUUUUAUUCAACCUGAAACCACAGACAAGCAACCUGUCUAUGAAUAUGUUAGAAAGAGGUCCCUAGUCAGACUGGAAAUGUUUAGAGAAAGAGAGUGAUGAUGAUGGAAAACCUGUUCUGAUCCUGUGUUUAUAUUUCACUUCUUACUGGUUGUGACUGUUUCUUUUCCAGUACAAUCCAAACUUUGAAACUGUUCUCCUUUCUAAAACGUCUUCCUCUCUAUAUAAACCAGAUCUGUAAAUACUGUAUCUUUGAGUCAUAUGUGUGUAUUGUGUUGUAUUGACUCAGGCUUGCAAGAGAGAAAAAAACCCCAGUAAAAAUAGACAGUUAAAGAAAAAAAGAGCCAUGUUGUUCUGUAUCUGCAUUCAUUUUUAGGCCUGCUUGUGAAUGAAUGUGUCACUCUGUUACAAAGCAAUACACACUACAGUAUCUACACUAAAAAAAAGAAAUGCCAUCAGCUUGGUAGAGGUUGCCGACUUUAGAUCUUCUACUAGCACGCAGAAACAUGUUGGUCUCGUGUCACUGCCUCAACAAAUCCUCCUCAGUUUGGGCCAUUAAGACGAGAGAAUAUGCUGUGGAUGUUUUUAUCUGUACUUUGUGGUAAAACAA